AUGCCCAAGGCGAAAUCUAGUCAUCCCGCCUCGUAUAGCAGCUUAUCCGAUCAGGAAAUCGCCGUAGUAAACAAGAUUUACGCCUUCACCGAGGAAUACUUCAAGAACCCGAGGUUUGACGCGUCCCACGACUUUAACCACGUCAAACGCGUCGUGUCCAAUGCCCUGAUCAUCCUCGAGAAGGAAGAAGAGCUCCGGAACCAUAAACUCUUGCCAGCACUGAAUCCCCUCAACGUCAUCCUGGGAGCCUUGCUACACGAUGUCGAAGACAAGAAGUACCUGACCGGUGACGAAACUGGAUCUCCGACAAAGCGCGCCGUCAUUGAAGCCGGACUGUCUGAAGACUAUGCGACACACAUGCAGCAGCUGGUCGAGGGCGUUUCCUAUUCAUCCGAAGUCAAGGAUCCGCGACGCGUCAUCGAGCUGAUCGAAGCCAUUCCAGAACUUGCGAUUGUCCAGGAUGCCGAUCGUCUCGACGCGAUCGGAGCCAUAGGGAUCGGGCGGUGUUUCACCUUCACUGGUGCAAAAGGGUUCAAGAGUCUUCAAGAUGCCAUCGACCACUUCGAGGACAAAUUGCUUAAACUCGAGGCCAUGAUGAAGACUGAGACGGGGAUGGCCAUGGCCGAGGAGAGGUCCGCUCGAAUUCGGGAGUUCAUGUCGUGGUGGCACGAGGAAGUUGAUGCUGCUAACCAGUGA